AUAAUCUGCGUACGGCAGAUGAAAAUAACGUCCAUAGUUUGGCAGUUCACACUAUUGAUCACUUCCACAACUUUUUGUACUUGUUUGCAAUUAAAAAACGAGGAGCAUCAAUCAACUACCUAUGAUGUGGAUCCCACUUGUAACACGAGCUUCCCGACUAUUCAAGAAGCAAUCGAUUCUGUUCCCCCACGCAACCACCAUUGGAUAAACAUCUCUGUCAAAACUGGAGUUUACAAAGAACAAGUGAAAAUUCCUCGAGACAAGCCGUUCAUAUAUCUCAAAGGAGAAGGAAUAGGAAAAACUGUACUAGUAUGGGGCGCACAUGACUCCAUGUUGACAUCACCCACUUUUGCCUCCAUGGCCGAUAAUAUUGUAGUCUCAGGGAUUACCUUUCAAUCCGGUGAUGCCAGUGGUGGCUGCAAGAAUCUCCGCUCUUUGGGGUACCAAGACACGUUGUUGGAUGAUAAGGGCAGACAUUUUUUCAAGCGUUGUGCAAUUGAAGGAGCUGUAGAUUUUAUCUUUGGAGCUGCUCAAUCUAUAUAUGAG